AGUAGAUUUUUGUUUGUCUGUGUUUCUAACCUAAAAGUCGGCUCGUAAUUUUUAUUUAUAAAAUUUUGUGAAUUUUUGGAUUGUGUGAAUUAAAAUGUUUUUCUUUAACACAUUAUGUAGGACGUCUUCAAUAAAGAGCUUCCGUUUUCUAUUUCCAUGUAGAGGUUUUCAUAUUACACAAGCACAAUUGCUAUAUUCUCCUUCAGCUAUAGGGAUUGAUAGCUACCUAAACACUAGAAAGAGGAUAAAGGAACAGUUUGCAAACCAUUCUGAUAAGUUCAGAACCAAAAUGAAUGAUUUUGUGUCAGAUUCAAAAAACAUGAUUUUUACCGAAGACCUCAAAAAUAUAGUGCAUAUAGCAGAGCCAACAGAUUUAGAUUUAGUGGUUCAAAUGGUUAAGAAGUUUAAUACACAGAAGACUGAAUUUAGAUUUAGUUCAUUUGUCUUUGGACCUAUUGUCAUGAGGAUGUUUUAUUUCUUAGAUGCACCAACACAAGCAUUACAAUGCUUUGAAGACCCUGGCAACAGUGGAUUUUUUGAUCAGUUAGUUUCAUAUCAGAUUUUGUUAGAUCUUCUCUACAAUCAUCAGAUGUACGAUGACAUGUAUAGGAUAUUUGAAAAAGUACAAGAAAAGCAGAUUAAUAUGACAAAGUUCCCUAAAUAUCCAGUGGUUCUGAUUCUUGCAGCUUGUUAUAAACAGAAUACACCACAAAGUAUGGAGUAUGCUACGAGGCUAUGGUCAGAAAUGGUCAAUGUGGGUACUGUUCCUCUGAGAAGAGCUGCAACUUUCAUGGCUGCUCUUUCACUAAAUCAAGGUGCUCCCCACGUCGCUUUGGAAUCUAUAGCAUUACAAAAACCACACUAUAUCACAAUAAGAAAUAUUAGGGCCACAGCUUUAGCACAAAUGGGACGGGUAGACGACGCACUGCCAGUACUGAAAGGAGUUUUAGAGAUCGAUCGACCAGAUCAAAAAGACAAACACACUUUCUUUGAAGAGACGAUCAAUAAAAUUAGGGAAGCUGUAGACAAAACUGAAAAUAAAGACAUCAAAAGAGAAUUUGAAAAUAUUGAAAAAGCUCUGAAAGACCGCGGUUUAAUUGAUACACAGACCUUAGAUCAGUUAAUCACAUCUGAUAUUACAAUAAGGACAGACAAACCUAAUGUUAUGCCAAAAGGAAUGCCCAAGAUGCCUUUCGGGAUGCAGCAAAGAAAAAAAAAUUUGGAGUGACCCUAUACGUAAAUUAAAAAUAGUGUAAUAUCUUGUACAUAGCUGUACGAUUGUAUAUUAUAUGUCUGAAUAGAGUGUUUGGUGAAUGAUAUGUACCUGUGUUAAUUUUAAUUCUUGUGAAAAAACAAGAUACCUACAUGAAAUUUUUAAGUAAUAAAGUAAUAAAUAUUUACAAAACAUU